UGAUUCACCCAUUCUUUAUGCUCAGUUUGCAGAAAAGUACGGGGAUGUUUUCAGCAUUUGCCUCUUUGGUGAAAGAAUUGUCAUCAUUAGUGGCUACAAGUUCACAAGGGAGGCUUUGGUCCAGCAAGGAGAGAACUUUGUAGAUCGCCCCAGCAUCCCAAUCUUUGAAGACUUAAUUGGACAGAAAGGUCUUGUAGGUUCCAGUGGUCAUUUAUGGAAGACACAAAGGAGAUUUGCUCUUCAAACACUCCGAAACUUUGGCCUGGGCAAGAAAACCAUGGAGAGAUCCAUCCAACAAGAGUGCCAGUACCUCACAGAGGCUUUUGCUGAACAUAAAGGUCAGCCCUUCAAUUCCCAGACACUUGUGAACAACGCUGUGUCCAACAUUAUCUGCUGUUUGGUCUUUGGGAACAGAUUUGAGUACAGUGACAUGCAGCAGCAGGUGAUUCUCCAAAGAAUCAAUGAGACUGUUCGUUUACAGGGAAGCAUGGCAGUGCAG